CGGCAGGACGCGUUUCGUGGUCUUUAGUUGUUUUAAAUUCCUUCCACUAUGCGGUUCUCUCACUUUGUAAUUUUCUUCAGCGUAUUGAAUCUUAUCAGUGGAUUUCCUUCGCAUCCGAAAAGUGAAGUCGACCUUUUGGAUAAUUUGGAUCACGACGAGCCAUGGGGAAAUCUGUAUUCUACGGUUAGGAGAUCUUUGCAAUAUGCUUUUAGUCGUGCAAGCUAUGAGAAAUUUCUUCAACGCUGUGCAGAUUUCACCGAGAGCAUUGUAAACCCGAAGGAAAAAGUGGACUUUUCUCAGGAAUACAUGAACUAUCAUAUAAUAGAGAGCCAAACUGAACCAACACCCAUCAAUGAAAAGAGCAAAUUUAAUUUUUUUUCCAAGAUAUCGCAGAUAGCCGAAAAAAAUGAGUUAUUCUCAACCCUAAACAAAAAACUUAAAACAUUAAAAGAUGAAUUGUUUUGAACCCUAGAAUAAAACAUUUAUAUUUAAAUAAAAUUUCCGAAUAUGCGUAAAGACAAAUAA